AUGAAAGAUAUGCAACCGGACAAACAUAAAUUGAAAUUAGCUCAUCUGUACUUCAUUCCAAAAGCACAUAAACCUAACAUAUCAGUACGACCGAUCAUUGCUUCUAUCAAUGCACCAGCACGAUGUAUCUCCAGUUUUCUCGAUAAACUGCUUAGUCCUAUUUUCGAUCAAGUGGCUCGAAAAACGACUCUUAUCAAUGGUAUUGAUCUGGUUCGAGCAUUGGAAAAAUAUCGAGACAAUUGUCGUCUGUUACCAACAACACAAUUUAUUACUUCUGAUGUGACUGAUCUCUACACGAUGAUUCCACGAGAUGGUGCUCUCGCUGCUUUGGGUCAUUUUUGUAUUCGACAUUCAGCAGAUCGGAAAAUCGGAAAUUUGUUAGUAGACACAAUUCUCCAAUUGGCUCGUACAGUCUUGGAUACUAAUUCUUUUGCUUACAAUUAUAAGUAUUAUAAGCAGACGAAAGGUGGUGCCAUGGGAUUACCUUUUACUAUGGUAUUGGCCAAUAUCUAUAUGCUUGAAUGGAAACAACCUUUGAUUCAACAUCAAGCAGAACAGAACGAACUCUAUGGCCGGUAAGUAUAAUACUGAAUACAUAUUGCCCCGAAUAAUAUUGUGCUUUUACAUAUAUUGAUGAUGUUUUCAUGACAUCCAAUUCAUCGAACGAAGACAUUAAGGCUCUCCUAGAAUCAGCCAGCAAAAAAGAUCAAAAUAUUCAAGUUACAAGCACCAUUGGUAAAUCUGUUGAAUAUCUGGAUGUAUUCGUAGAGAAUGAAGAUGGACACUUGAAAACAUCGAUUUAUCAUAAAUCAGCAGCUGAACCCUACAUUCUUCCAUAUCAAUCCGACCAUCCACGUCACAUUCAUCGUAAUAUCCCACAUAUAGCUCUACUUCGAGCGGCUCGUCUAUGUUCCAAUGCAAAAAGAUUUCGAUGCGGAACGGUUGAACAUGGAAAUGGUCUUAUUAUUGAAUGGCUAUCCACCUCAGUUUAUUUCUCAUCAUAUCAAACGCUUCUUCGCCAACAACAAUGCUGGGU